GCCCGAUUGCAGCUGGGAGGUGCGGCCUGGUUGGUGACGCCUCUGCGAAGGCUUUCCCUGGAACCAGACUUGCAGGCCCCCGAAAAUCUUCAAGUCGGCUACAGGAGGUCGGGGAACGUGGUCUUUUUGGACGGGGUACUUCCCGGCAUCAAUUUCUCGCAG